CUAGGUGGCAGGGAGCAGGGAGAGGCUUUCCUCCUGCCAGCGCUGGUCUCCCAGGACUCCGCUGCCUCCUUCCUCCUGCUGACCUGAGACUUUGUCCCUCUGCUGGCCUUGGCUCCGCCGCCCCUGGACGCACACACUGCCCUCUGCCUCACCCGGACGCCGCCCUCCGAUGGACUGACCGACGGCAGAGAUCCUGGAUGAAACGAGUGACUGCAAGGAAGAAGAAAAACGAACCGCGAACACAAGGAACAGAAGCAGUUCCUGGAGGCGACCCCGUCCUCAAACGCGCCGGCUCCGGGAGCGCCCUGCUCGGUGGCCACCGCGCUGCGAAGCUGAGGAGCCUGGGGUCGGGGAGUCGGUCCUGCCUGCCGAGGACGCGCCCCACGCACCCUCAGGACAGGAGAGAGGCCUGUGCCGGCCACCACCCCUGGGAAGCCACUCCGGAAGAGGAACAGCUGGAACCUCCUGAAGUGUACAUACAUGGUGCUCACCUUCCUGUUUGUGUCCUACAACAAAGGGGACUGGAAAUGACCCCUGCUGCUCCUUCUAGCCAGCCACUUUGUCUCAGCUCAACCCUCCUAGGUCCUCCCUCUCCCUGGCAUUUUACUCCCAGCAAAGCUCUGUCCUCUGGGUGGCUGGUGUGGAGAGAGAGGAUCGCACCGUCUGUCAGAGGCCUGACAGAAGCCACUCUGAGGACCUGGCUCAAGACAGAGGCUCAGAGAGUGGCCGAUCUGCACCCCACAGUUUCUCCCCUAGCCCACUCAGCCUUCCCCGCCAUCUCCUUAAUUAAACGUGCACUUACUGGGCUGCUGUGUGCUUGUUUCCCUCCCUACUCUCAGCAUCAGGAAUCACGCGCCACUCCACUUCAUCCUGGCAACAAUCCUAUGGGGGUUCUGUGA